CCCCUUGGGCCACGCCUCAACCACCCCUGACUUAUUCUACCGUAGACCAACGCUAAGCCCCGUCCAUCUGCGGACCAACUGGGAUUGACGGAUGACGGACCUUUAAGGCCUCUUCUCACUGUCCGACCGAUUGUGUUUCAAGGUCAGGCCCGGGCGGAACCUGGCUUGGACCCGGGGGUGGCAUAAUGUGGUGGCCGGGUAGUGGGUCCGGCGGGAGCUCGGAAGGGCCCCCGACUUCGGGUCCUGCCUCGGAUUCAUCCGAACCCACCGAGGUCAUGGAAAUCUUGAGCGAAGAGGACUUGAGCGGCUCGUCGCCGCCUUUGGCCGCCUAUGCCACGCCCAAUCCUGAAGGGUCGGGUUGGGGGCUGGGCGGCGAUAUGGAAUUGGACGAUUUGAAGGACCAAUUCCUGCAACAGGAGCAACUCUUGGGUCAAUUGAAGGGCGUGCUCAAGUCCAAUCAGGACAAAUUGAGUCACAAAGAACGCCAAGUGCAGGAUUAUGCGGCCCGCUUGGCCCAGAUCCGACAUCGCCCGCUGUCCACCGCCAGUCCCAUACCCGUGAUGGGGGCCGGGGCUAGCUCGGAGAGCACGACGGCGGCCCCGCCACCCACCGUGGGCACGGGCAAGAUUCGCCUCUUGAAGAAGCAGCUAGAGGAAGCCAGGAUGAAAGAGUCCGAGGACACGGAGCGUUUGAAAGACUUGGAGCACUUUGUGCAAGAGCUCCAACGCGAUAUCGAAGACCGCGACAAAAUGAUUCGGCGCAUGAAAGAGGACCAAUACUCGAUCGCCAGCUAUCGUGAGAGUCCGCCCGGCAGUCCGUUCAUCAUGAGUCCGGGCCAGCAAAGUCCAGGGGGCCAAAACUCGCCCCCUUUGGGUUCCAGCUUCGACUCCACGGCGGGUGGGGCCUUCGAAAGCUUCAGUCGGGGCUUCACGGACAAGGACGAGAAGAUCCUCGAGCUCCACGAGAAGAAUAUUGACCUUGAACGGCAAGUCUUGGAACUGGAGGAGAACCUACGCGCUCAGUCUGAACUGGUGCGGGUGCGGACGCAGGCCGUGGCCUUGAUGUCCGCCGACCUGACGGCUCAAGGUCAGUCCACCUUGGAGCAAUUGGAGGACACGCGUGUGGCCAUGAAGGACAUGCAGCGGAAGUUUGCCGAGCAAGAACUCGAGUGGAAGAAGACCAACUCGCUCCUGAAAGUCGACCUCGAGGCCAAAACGCAGAAAGUUCAGAGCCUGGAAGAGAAUGUCGAUCACCUGGAAAAGGCUCGUUUCGACUUGAGCGCCAGGAACGCCACACUUCAAGAAAAGGUCGUGGGCCUUCAGAGCAACAUGAACCAGGUCAAGAAGGAUCACAAGGAGGCUCUUGAUCGUCUCGUGGAAAACAAGGCUGACCUCAACGACACCGUGGAAAAGCUCGAGAAGCAACUUCGCAACGCCACAGAGGAUCGAGACGAGAAGAAUCAAAAGUACAUUGAAGAGUUGUGCGAAUUGGCCUCGGACGUCGAAUUCGGACAGAAGGUAUUCGAUCUUCAAAAUCAGUUGGCCGAGGUCGAGGAGGAAAAGGGUGCCUUGCAAUUGAAAUUAGUGGAUUACGAAGAAGAAAAUGGUGCUGAUGUGCAGAAACGGAUCCCCCAGUUGGAAAGCCAGAUACAAGAACUGACCGAGUCCCUCAACGAUCAAGUGCAAAUCUUUGCCGAUUUGAAGGCCGAAAAAGAGUACUGCGAAAAAGGAUCCGUGAUGAACGGUCACGCCUCUCCGUAUGAAUACUCGUCCAUCGAAGCCAAAGAAUUGACUUUCAAGUUCAAAGAAGUGAAGCAUCGUCGUCGGAAACGGGCUUUGGCCUUUGAAGUGCUCGAAGUGGACCAACCCCCCAAACGUCUCCGGACUUUCGAGUAUCCGUUCAAGGACUAUGAACCAUACCUCAAUAAUAGUCGGGAGCUCGUCUCCGGAUUCUUUUCCGACAGUGCCAAGCUUUUGUAUGAAUACAAUCUGGCGUUCUUCUCACGGAAUAACAACCUCCCACAUCGGGGACGAAGGCGAUCCAGUUGUUUGGAAUCCUCGCCUUCAUCUUGGUGUUCGUCAUCCAUUAAGCCGAGCACGGUCUCAGUGGCCAACAGCUGUUCUGGGACCUUAAGCCCGAGUCUGACUGAAGAGGCUUUACAACCACUCUUCUCUUCUCAUUCUCCCUCCUUGAACCACGUUCUGCUCAAGCGGGAUGAAGAGAUCAAUGCCAAAUCCAGCCAGAUUUCCAAGCUUUUGUCGACUGAUGAAGACCGAUCCAAAACCAUGGUCUCUCUGGAGAUGCGAGCCUUGGAAUUGGAGGAAGAAAAAGACAAAUGGAUCGAGGAUCGACAAGAAUACGAGCUCAAGCUCCAAAGGCUUGAAGGACAAUUGAAGGACCAAGGCACGCCCAUCAAGGCCUUGGAGGAGAAAUUGGCCAGCCUUCAAGGCGAACACAGCUCACUCCAGCAAAUUCAUUCAGAACUCAAAGAGCAAUUCAAACAGAACGAAGUGGAAUUGAUAGAGAAAUGUGAUAAGCUCGAACAUAACGAAGUGGCCUUAAAAGAGCUGGAGAAGCUCUUGCUCGCCAAGAAUAUCGAGAUUGCCGAAUCCUUCGGCAAGUUUGCCGAGAAGGAUCAGCUCGUAGAAGAGCUGCGAACCAACCUCAACCAAGUGAACACGCGCCUUCAAGAGGAACAAGUGGCCAAACAAGACGUCUUGACCAAAUUGAACGAGCUGAAUAUCGACGAACUGGAGCACAAGAUCCAAUCCCUCCAACAAGAACUGACCUCAUCCAAUGCCAAUGUGGAAGCUCAAUCCGAGCUGGCUCACAACUAUCGAGUUGAGGCGGAAAACUUGGCGCGAGAGGGCGCUCGAAUUCAAUCCGAAUUGGCUGAAAAACACCGAGAACUGAGUGACGUGCUACUUGACAACGAAAAACUGUCUGCCAACUUGACCGAAUCGAAGGACAUGCUCCAUGGCCUUCAAGAGAAACUGGCCUUACUGGCAGAGAUUGAAGCUGAUCAACUGAACCUGAAACAAGACAUAUCUGAUCGAGACAACGAUAUCUUAUCCAAGAGCGAAAAGAUCUCGACUUUGGAAGAUCAAGUAUCCAAGCUCGAAGACACACUAAACGACCGGAGCCAAAAAGAUCAUGACGAACAUAUCCGGCUCAAACUUGAGAAAGAAUUAUCCGAGCGGGACGAAGAGAUUCUCUCCAAGAGCGAGCUGAUUUCAGAUCUGAAAGACCAACUAUGCAAUUUGAAGGAAGCUUUGAGCGAAAGCGAAGGCAUCGACUCCAAGAUCUUGGAAUUGGAGCAAGUCAUCGAAAGUAAGGACCAAACCAUCCAAACCCUGGAGAACAAAGUCACCGAGUACGAAGAUGUCAAGGAGCAAGUGCUCCAACUCCACCUCGACCUUCAAAACCAUAGCGAAGAGAUUGCCUCUCAAACUGCCGUGAUUGACGACCUGAAGGACACUCUGAAGGAGACCAAAGUGAACAUUGCGGCCAAGGAGAAGCUCAUCCGUAACUACCAAGAGCGCAUCAACGACAUGGAAGAUCAAUUGGCCGAAUCCAGUGGGAUCGAACGUGUCAACGAACUCCUCCAAGAAAAGGACGAGGUCAACCAGCAAUUGGAGGCCAAAGUGGAUAAACUCACUAAAUACCAGGAGCAAGUCCAACAACUUCACUUGGAUGUCCAAAACUACCGCGAGGAGAUCUCAUCCUUGACGGAGAAACUGAGCUCGUUCAAGCACGAGCGACACCAUUUGACCACGCAGAUCUCCGUGCAAGAGGACCGCCUUCAAGACUCGAUUGCCAAGAUCCAAGAGCUGGAGGAACUGGCCAGUGAAUCGGCCUUGAAACAAGAGUACGCUCAAAGGACGUCGUCGCCUCCGUCUGCUAUUUCUAGUCGAUGUGGAUCCGAAAGCAACAUCAAGGAGUUCACCUCGCUUCAAAGCGGCAUGGCCGAGAAGUCCGAGCUCCUAAAGCAAGCCAAUGAUAAGCUCCUUGAGCGUGAUGAAGACUUGUUGAAGGUCAAACAAGAACUGGAGGAGGUGCAAGAGCGUCUCAGUACCUCCGAGAGUGAGAAGAUGGCCCUGUACGAACAAUUAAACGCCCUCUCGGAGCAAAUGAUGGCCAAAGAGGAUAGCCAGAGUGAAGCCGAUCAAGUGCUCCAUGGUCGGAUCAAAGUGCUGGAAAUGGAGAUCACCGACCAAGUGGACGAGAUCAAGACUCUCAAGGAGAGGAACGACAAGUUGAAUGUGCUCCAAAAGUCGCUCCAGGAAAACUAUGACGCGUUAUUGGGUGGAAAGGGGGUUGAGAACAAGGAUGUGAUCAAAGAGCGGGACACCCUGAAGACCAGAUACGCGGCCUUGACCGACAAGGCCAAGAAGUUGAUCGUGAAGUGCAAACAACUGGAUGAGCAACUCCAGAAGAAGAACCAUGAAGUAGUCGAGGUCAAGUCCGUUUUGGAACAAGUGCAGAGUGACAUGACGGAGCUUAAAGGGGUCAAUGAAGGUCACGAAGAGGAAUUGGUAGCCCUGAAGGGCCGACUAAGUGAUCUUGAGAGCACGGUCCAGGCCAAGGAUGAAGAGAUUGAGAAGUGGCAAACCGAAGCCAUGGAGAAAGACCAGAAAUUGACGGCAUCACUAGCCGCCCAAGCUGAAGUGGAAGCUCGCAUGGCUACCAUGGAAAGGGAUCCCCACAAGGACGAGCUUGAGGCCCUGAAGAUGGAAUGCACGUAUCUGAAAGAAGGCCUCCAAGGAUCCGAAGAGUCCAAUGCGAAGCUUGGCCAAGAUAUCCAGGCUCUGCAAGGCCAACUAGAAGCCCAAGUGUCGAGAGAAGAAGUUCUGAAACUCCGAGAAGCCAACGACAUGCUCCGACAAGAACGAACCAAGAUCUACGAGAAUCAAGUGGUGCUCCGCGACGAAAUCACCGAGCUCCAAAAAGAACGGGUAAGACUUAGCUCCGCCUUAGAAGACGCCAAAAAGGAGAUUGGCGCCAUCCGCCAAUCCCAUUUGGUCUCCCAAAUGCUAGACAGUCCCCUUUUGAGGGAAGAAGAGGAAGAGGAACCCAAUUUGAGAGGCUCCUUCGACCCGGAAACCUCCAGUGUCCAAGCUGAAGCCGGCUCAACCAUUCAAGAUGACGAGAACAAUUCUCGUAAAGGAGGCUUUGAAGAUGAGGAAGGUUGGAGUAACGACGGAUGGGAUGAGGAGAGUAGUCAGGUUGAUGUGGGAGAGCCGGGUGAGUUGGAUGAGGACGACGAGAGCAAGGAGGAAACAGAGAGGAAGAUUUCCGUCAUCCAGAACAUCUCCAUCGCAGCCUCUGCAGCCGCGCAGGGAUUCGUUCCUACACCCAGUGAAGGCUGGGAAGAUUCCAAUUUUGACGAAGAUGAAGAACCUGUGACCGAGACGCUGAACCUGGAGAGCUCAUCCGAGUCUCAAGUGAAAGGAAUUCAACAAUCCGCUCCAGAAGAUCCAGAAGAUCCAGAAGAUCAAGAGGAAGGCUUUGGAGGCUUCUCCGAGAACGAUGAUGGCUGGGGCGGUUGGGAAGAUGACCCAGUGGAAAUACCCGAGGACCAGGACGAACCUACACGCGUUAAGACCCCCGAGGUCAAAGAGGAAGCGAUUGCCGUCCACGUGUCCACGGAACAACCUCAGAGCUUGGGUACAUUAUCCUCCACCAGCGGGGCAUUGAAGCCUGAAAUUGAGGCCGACAUCGAAGACGGUUGGGGGGAUGACAGUUGGGGAGGAGGAUGGGGCGAAUCCGAGAAUCUGGGAGACAAUCUCAAGCUGACUGAUGAUGACGGCUUGAGAGGCUCUUCUGAGGACAGGGAAGCGACCCCUCCUAAUCGAUACGAGCGAGCGAGUGAAAGUGAAUCCGUGCCCAAGGUGGUUGAUUGGCAGAGCAAGAUGAUGGAGAAAGAGGCUCAAAUCGAGUUCCUUGAGAGAGACCUCAAGGAAAUGCGACUAAAGAUGACGGCCAUGGAGGAGAGUAUGCGGUCAUCUGUGGACGUGAAGGAAAGCGCUGAAGAAGAGAUCCGUGUGAUGAAUGAGAAACUCGCGGCCAAAGAAAAGGCCAUGGAGAAGAUCAUCAGCGAGACUGAGACGAGAGUGGCAGAGUUGCUGAACUCGCAAUUGUCGGCCACAGAUUGCAAGGAGAAAAUGGUCAUCACGGACAGCAUGAUCGAGGACUACAAGCAACGCAUUGAAGAGCUCUCGAAUGAGCAACAAAGCCUUCAGAUUGAGCUCGAGGAGUCCUACCAAGAACUGGAGAAGCUCCGACCUCUGAAGAAGGUCAAAACCGAGCUGGAGACCGCUCAGGAAAAGAUCCAAUCGUUGGAGGAGUAUAAAGAAGAGCUCCAAAGUGAGAGCUCCAAGUUGCGAGACGAUCUCCAAUUGGCCGAAACGGAGCUGCAGAACGUGAAUGAGCACCUGGAAAGUGUGGAAAAUGAACGAAGUGACCUGAAAAUCAAGGUCAAAGAGAGUAGUGAACACAAGAGUGACCUCGAGAGCCAGAUUGAAGAGCUCCAAGUUCUCAUGAACUCGCAUGAAGCCGAGUUGAGUGGCUUGAAGCAUCGCAAUGAAGAGCUCGAGUCCACGUUUGGAACACUAUCUGUGCGCAAUGAUGAACUCACCAAAGACAUGGACGAGCGAGAGAAGCAAAUUGAGCUAUUGCAACAAGAGUUGGAGAACUUGAACUUCUCUCUCUCCAAAGUUCAAGAGGAGAAACUUCAAGCCGAGUCUGAGGAACAGAAUUCCAACUUGACCCAAAACCUCGAGGAUCAGAUUUCCAAUCUCCAGAGAUUAAUCCAAGAGAAAGAGUUGGAAAGUGCCACCACUUGCACGGAUCUGGAGAAUGAGAAAGCCUCCCACGAAGAGCUCAUUGAGGAAUUGCGAGCCGAAAACGCGAAUCUUCAAUCCCAAAUCCACACCCUUCGGGAUGAUGUGGCCCAUUCCCAGGAGCAAGAACGCAAACAUCUGGAGAACGUGAGAAACAUGCACGAUCAGAUGAGAAAGGCUCAAGCGCCCUCGUCCUCCACGUCAUCACAAACGGACGCAUCACAGCAGCAGAAAGAGCAGCAUCUGGCUCAGUUGGAAGAGAGUCUUCGUGAAGUGAACACCUCCCUUCGGAGUAAAGAGCACGAGUUGGACCUGAUUCAGCACCAACUCACCCAGCGGGACGACUUGAUUGCAAGCUUGCAACGCCAAUUGGAGGCUGCUCAAGCCAGAGCCGAGGGUGAGCCACCCCAACCCCAACAAGGCCUGGAUCUGGCCGAGUCUAAUCGACCCCCGCCGGAUGUGACCUACCAACGCCUACAACCCGAUGUGACGCCGUUCCAUCAACCGUCCAUUCGUCAACCGGACAUCAUGCAGACCAGUCAAGAUCAAUUCGAUUUGGUCUCGCAAGACCAACCUCCAUCCUCGCAAGAUCAUGGAUGGUUUGACAGAGAGCCGGCUUUGGCUCAAAAUGCGAGCGAUUUCUUCCAGAACCAAGAUGCAAGUGGUGCUAAUGCUCAGCCGCACUUUGAUUUUUUCCAGCAACAGCCACCCCCAGAGGCUGACAACAACUCUUUAGCCAGUCAAUACUUUGAGCAUUCUGAUCCACCGCCUUUGCCGCACCAUCAACCAUUCCCAGAGGCUCCCCAUCCGGAUCCUCAACCAGAGGUUUCUCAACCUUUGAUGCAACCAGUUCAUGCAGGCUUGCUUUUUGGCGAUGAAAACGUUCCAGGAAACGAGGCCCACUUUUUCGAGCAAAUUCCCUCAGCCCCCCAGGAAAGUGAGAUUCAACCAGCCGUGGCCGAUGCCUUCAAGCAAGAACCCCCCCCACCGCCCACCGUGUCAUAUUUCCAACCAUCCAACAAUCCAUCAAGCUAUUUCAGUCAAUCCGAAGUGACCUCUGCCUCGAACUACUUCUCAGCUCCGCCCGUUUCCCAGCAGCCCUCCAGUGCCCUUGCCACACCCACGCAAGAUCUCUCUCGACCAGAGUCUGCCGCCAACUUCUUCGCCCCGGAUCCGAAUUCAAGCCAUCAUGCCUCUCCUGAGCGCGUCCAAACCGCUUCGGUUGGAACCGAGACCUCUGGGCCCAUUGAGGAUGGGCCCAGAGAAGAGAACCAUGGGGAAAUGUUGGCCCAAUACCAAGCCCAGUUGACGGAAUAUCAACAAGCCAUCGCCGAUUGGCAAGCAUGGGCCGAGAGUCAAGGUCAAGAACAAGGCCAACUUCAAGAGAGUCUGAAAUAUUACACCGACGCAUAUAAUGCGACUACAAGUGAAUUGGAAUCAAUGAAGAGCCAAAUGUUGUCCAAAGGAGACGCCAAUGAGGAAUUGGAGAAGGUCAAGUCCCGACUAAGAACCACUGAGUUGGAGGUGAAGGACCUCAAGGAGACCAUUGACCGUCUCCAAUGCGAAAAGUCCGAUCUUGAUCAAGAAAUCCUGGAGCUCAACCAGUCGAACGAGGCUCUUCGAUCCGAGAAGGAUGAACUUGAACGAGGUUCCGACGCGGUGGAUUUGGUGCUCUUUGAGGAGGCCAAGGUCCAAGUUGAAGAGUUGACAACUCAACGGGAUCGCUUGAACCAAGAACUCGCACACGCGCUUGAUGAGCGCAAGAAAUUAGAGCACAUCAAGGACUCCAAUCUUAACGCCAUCCAGAAACUCCAAGACGAGUUGAACGGAGUGCAAAGUGACAAGAGCUCUCUGUUGGCUCAAGUGAGCGAGUUUGAAGUCAAAGUCAAAGAGGCACAUGGUUCAGUAGAGCAAAUGGAACAGGAGAACUCGACCUUGAGACUUCAGAUCCAGAGCCUCAACCAAAUGGUUGAUUCCUUGAACGAGCAAAGUGUGGCCUUGAAUGCCAAUAAGGUUGACUUGGAUGCCUACAAUGCCUUGAUCUUGGAAAAGACCGAAAUGGAAAACCGCCUCAAAAACUCGUUGGAAGAGUUGGAACAAUCUCAAGCAUCCCGUCCCAAGCCUGACAUGGUGGAGAAACAUGUACUUGAAGCCAUGGAGAAGAACUGGCAAGAGGCUCAAGAACGCGAAGAGGCCUUGAAGACAGAAUUCCAGGCCUUCAAGGAAGUCAACGAUGUGUCCCAAUAUCAAACUGCCAUUGAACAAUGGCAGGUUUGGGCUGAGACGCAGAAUCAAACCAUGGUCGAGCUUCAACAGAGCCUUGAACAAUACACAGAGGCCUACAACAAGGCCACUGCCGACCUGCAGGCCUUGCAAGAGACCUCUCAAGGCAAGGACGCCGAUCAACUCGCCCUUCAAGCCAAUCUCGUCGAGCUUCAAGAACUUCAGGCCAGUACUUCAGUCAAAGAUGAGAAGCUCACGUUCUUGGAGAGCGAAAAGACUCGACUCGAGGCCUUACUUGUCAUUUCGAGCGAAAAGGAUCAGCGAAUCGCCACCUUAGAAACCCAGAAGACCGACUUGGAAGCCAAGAUCCUCGAUCUUCAAAGCCAAUUGUCCAAUAUGGAGAAUCUGAAAUUGGAGGCCAAAGAAGCCAUAGAUAAUCGCAAUGCAACUCAACUUCAACUCCAAGAGGUACAAUCGAAAUUGGCAGAGCGUGGGCAAAAUGAGGAGAAGAGCUCUUCCGGCGUUGCAGAGGAGAAUCAGCGCCUGAACAUUCGGAUCAACAUUCUCCGUAACAAUUUCAGUCAGAUGGAGAGCAAGUGCAGUCAACUCCAGGUAGAGUUGAACGACAUGAACAAUCUCGUGAAGACGCUAACGGCAGAAAAAGAUCAUUUGAGCGAGAGGAUCGAUCAGCUGAGCCAAGAAAAGGAGCUCCUCCAGAACGUGGAGGUUGAGAACGAAAGCCUCAAAUUGCGACUGGAAGCGUUGGAGAGCGAAAAGAUGACCGGCAAAACCACCGAGGCCUCAUCUGUGCAGGAUUACGCCGCAUUCCAAGAACUUAACCAGAACCUUCAGAGUGAGAUCCAAUCCUUGCGAACGUACAUCCAGCAACAACAAAACGCUUAUGAACACCUCCAACAGCAGCAACAACAACAGCAACAACAGCAGCAACAACAGCAGCAGCAAGAGCAGACGGGUCAACCGGGUGCGGGUAAUGGCUUCGAACAGAUACUGUUGAAGCAAAUGGAGCAGGACCUCCAGUUAAAGGAUCAGGUCAACCAAGCCCUGGAAGAGGAAAACGAGCGGUUAAAACUGAGACUCUCGGGUGGAGUGACUCCGUCCUCCUUGGAGGUGUCCUCAUUGGUCCCCAGUACUCCGGAAAGAAAGCGAUCCUCCUACAGUCCUGAAGUGAGUCAAAUCUUUGACAGCUCCUCGACGGUUCUCGCCUCCGAGAACGACCGACUCAAGCAGGAUUUGGACAAGUCUGUCCGCGAGAAUCGCCACCUUACAUCCCAGAUGGCCAACUGGAAGCAACAGUUGUCGGACUCCAGCCAGGUGGAGGAUUACGAGGACGAGGAUGAUUCUCCACACGUCUUGAAGUCCAAGCAAGAACAAGCUUGGCGAUCCGUGGGUGCUCUCCAACUAAGAGUGGAAGAGCUCACACUCGAAGUCACCAAGUUAUUGGAAGAGCGAGACACUCUUCAGUUGAAGCUAUCCAAUGCUCUUAGGCAAUACGAGAGACAGAAAGAAUCCUCAAGUAGGGUCAGCACGGCUGCUUCCACACCCAUCCCUUGGAUGGACAAUUCCAUGGAUAUCCGGGAAUUGCGAGCAAAGAUCGAAGAACUGAGUAAGUUGAACUACAACAAAGAUGUCGAGUUACAGAAGCAACGUCAACAGAUGGAUGCCAUGCAAGUGAAGAUCCGCCAUUCUUCGACCUCCACUUCGUUCGCAUCACCUACUCGCACAACGCCCUCUAGACGAGAAAGUCAGAGUCGAGAUCCACGGGCCACACCAGUUCUUCACUUGUGAUAAAAGAAGGGUUAUAAUUACCACACGUGGGAGUGGGUGAAAGGAAGAAAAAUGGACAUCCUGCUUUGCCAAGACACGUUGAAACAAGAUAAUUGUGAUGAAGACUUUGUGUGAUGACCGAGACGAAAUUUCAUGUUCUCUCACCCUUGUUUUUGGGCGCCUUGCGCCAUAGUUCUAUAUUUGAUUUUAAUACCCAUUCACGUGUAACAUCACACCUUUUUUUUUUGUACCGAAAAAUCAUAUGAAAUACAUUGUUCUUAUUACGCAA